AUGAGACGGCAAGUGUUGCUUUUCAUCUUCUCUCUCGGUUCCGUUCUUGGCCAAGUGAGCUACUCUAUACCGGAAGAAAUGCCAAAGGGUUCUGUUGUGGGCAACCUAGCACGGGAUCUUGGUUUAGACGUAAAAAGACUAAAGUCAGGUAAAGCUCGCAUAUUUACGGGUGACAGUGCAGAAUACAUCGAGCUGAGUAGAGAAAGGGGAGUCCUUCUCGUGAAAGAGAGAAUCGACAGAGAGUCUCUCUGUAGACAGAUGACGCCUUGUGCUUUACAUUUGCAGAUUAUUUUAGAAAACCCAAUGGAGCUUUUUCGAAUAACUGUAGAGAUAACAGACAUCAACGACAACAUCCCCAGUUUUAAAAAUAACGAGAAACGUUUUGAAAUUAGCGAAUCCGCUAUAACGGGAUCUAAAUUUGUGUUGGAAAGGGCGGUAGAUUCAGAUAUAGGCAUAAAUGGGCUGAAAAAUUACAGCCUGAAGCCUACCGAUAAUUUUGUUCUGAAAAUACAAAGUCAGGCAGAUGGGAAUAAAAAAGUCGAAAUGGUAUUACACAAGCCGUUAGAUAGAGAGAAAGAGGAGCAGAUAUCGUUGUUGUUAACAGCUGUUGACGGAGGGGAACCUCAGAUGUCUGGUACAGUAAAGAUUUUUGUGACCGUGCUGGAUGCAAACGACAAUGCUCCUGUUUUUAUGCAGUCUGUUUACAAGGCAGCCAUUGCGGAAAAUUCCGAGAAAGGGACAACAUUGACAAGAGUGAGUGCAUCUGAUGCGGACAAAGGAUCAAACGGGGAAGUUUCUUAUUCAGUUUCAACUGCAAUGGACAGCCUGUCUGACAUAUUCACAAUUAAUGAAAACGGUGAUGUAAUAUUAGUUGGGGCAAUUGACUAUGAAAAAGCCAAGAAUUACCAAAUUGAUAUUGAGGCUACAGACAGUGGAGGUCUUUCUGAUUCCAGUAAGAUCAUUGUUGAUGUAAUUGACAUAAAUGACAAUGAGCCUGUAAUCAGUAUACUUUCUAAAUCUGAUUCAAUCCCAGAAAGCUCUCCUCAAGAUACAGUAAUAGCCAUGUUUAGUGCCCUUGACCCAGAUUCCAGUAUUAAUGGCCAGGUGAACUGCAGAAUAAAUGGCAAUAUACCAUUUACUAUCUCAACUUCUUCUCAUGAUUUCUAUAGUUUGGUAUCAGACAGUGAUUUAGACAGAGAGGUCGCCUCUCAAUAUAACAUCACAGUGAAGUGUUCUGAUGAGGGAGUGCCCUCCCUCUCCAGUAGCAUCACUCUCACCUUAGAGAUCUCUGAUGUGAAUGACAACGCGCCUGUCUUUGAGAGGAGCUCAUAUGAGGCCUACAUUGUAGAAAACAACACACCAGGCCUCUCUAUAUUCACAGUGAAAGCCAGAGACGCUGACUGGAACCAGAAUGCCCGUGUUUCUUACAUCCUGGAGGACUCCUCUUUUAACGGAGUACCAGUCUCCUCAUAUGUUUCAGUCAGUGCUGAUAGUGGAGUCAUCCAUGCAGUGCGCUCUUUUGACUACGAGCAGAUCAAAGACUUCCAGUUUCACAUCAAAGCACAGGAUGGAGGCUCCCCUCCACUCAGUAGCAACGUGACAGUGAAAAUAGUGAUCCAGGACCAGAACGACAACCCCCCUCAGGUCCUGUACCCAGUCCAGACUGGUGGGUCAGUGGUGGCUGAGAUGGUGCCUCGUGCAGCAGAUGUGGGCUACCUGGUGACUAAAGUGGUGGCUGUUGAUGUGGACUCUGGACAGAAUGCCUGGCUCUCGUAUAAACUGCAGAAAGCCACAGACAGGGCGCUGUUUGAAGUGGGCUUACAGAAUGGAGAAAUCAGAACUAUCCGCCAAGUGAAUGAUAAAGAUGUUGUGAAACAAAGACUGACUGUUAUAGUGGAGGAUAACGGGCAGCCGUCUCGUUCAGCUGCAGUCAUUGUUAACGUGGCGGUGGCGGACAGCUUCCCUGAAGUGCUGUCUGAGUUCACUGACUUUACACACGACAAGGAGUACAAUGACAACCUGACUUUUUACUUAGUGCUGGCUUUGGCUGUAGUGUCCUUCCUCUUCAUCACGUGUGUAGUGGUUAUUAUAUCAGUGAAAAUCUACAGAUGGAGACAGUCUCGCACCCUGUUUCACUCCAACCUCCCUGUGAUUCCAUAUUAUCCACCACGUUACUCAGACACUUUGGGCACAGGGACUCUCCAGCACGUGUACAAUUACGAGGUGUGCAGGACGACUGACUCCAGAAAGAGUGACUGUAAGUUCGGCAGAGCUGGUAGUCAGAACGUGUUGAUAAUGGACCCCAGUUCUACAGGGACCAUGCAGCGGAUACAGAGUGAGAAGAGCAUCCUAGAUGAACCAGACUCUCCUCUAGAGGUCAGUAUCAUGGGAUAUCAAGUGUGGCCUUGCACCUUUAAUGACGGCCCUUCGUGUAUAAAGUUUAACUGCACAUCAUCCUGGGAAUUUUUCUAGCCCAGAGCCACAAUGUAACACAUAUUAUACACUAAUAUCAACAUAAUACGAUAAAUCUAUUUUUUUUUCUAUUACCAAAACUGCUGUACUUUAUAUAUAAAAAAUAACUUAUAAACUAGCCCUUUUAAUUGUUCUUUUAAACCUGCUUCUGGUUGUCCUGACUACAAACCGAACCACAUGUAAGAUUUUCUCCUUUUUUAAAAGCCAUACUGCUUCAACCUUAAACUAAUAUUUGUGUGCAUUUUACAACUUCAGAGUGGUUACUGACCGACAUUCAUUUUUUAGUAAAACAAGUAAUUACCUGUCAGUGAAACUCAUAUUUAUUGGCUGAAAUGCAUAACAGGAUACCCAGUUUGUAACAGUGAGAUUUCUGUAGUUUGGUUGCAGUGAUUACAAUGCAUAUUAUCUGCUAUAUGAACAUACAUUUUUUACACUGUGCAUUGAUUUACUUUCAUGUGUUGAUCCUGUAAUGCUGUCACGUUGAAUCUGAGGGUCUUGCCAAAAUUGGUCAAUAUAAUUGUAAAUGUAGCACUAGAGUCUUGACAACAUUUUUCAGAGAGGAAAACUACUGACACAAGUCAGUAUGAGAGGAGAAGACUCCAUAGAAUAGGUUUAUUGUAUCUCUUUCCAGAAAAUCCCUGCCCCCUUUUUUGCCUUCCUUUUAAAUAAUGCAUAUUUUGAUGGUCUUAGAAUCUCUUGGCAUAAGGAGACAUAUUUUGCACAACAGUCAAAAAAACUCUCCUGACAUCUGUAUUGGUUUUCCGCUGCUAAACUUUUGUAUUUUUAAGUUGUUUUCACAGUUUCGUUUUAUCCUUUACCUCGCCUCAGUGUUUUGUUAAGUAAAUAAUCAUAAUGGCAUCUGUUGAAUAGUGUGGGAAGUUUUGAUUUUGGAGUUUUAAGAUGACCAGCACAAAUAUAGACCAAUCUACCUAUGGUAGGGCUAUUUAGGAAAUCCUGUAAUUCACAAACACCUUCUAGCAUGAGAUUGAACUGGCUGCACUUUUGUUGUACAUAAUGUGAUUGAAAGUAUCGUCUUUGGUGACGGUACAGCAUUAUCCUUACUGACCAUGUUUGCUGAAUUGUGUGUUGUCUGCAUUAUCAAGCUCUUGUUUAGUGCCUUUUAGUCAUUAACAAAGGUAAAACCAUUGCGAUAGAUUAAAAUAACUUGUCCUGAUUUUCUGCUUUAAAUACUGGCCUAGCAGUCCUGAUGUACUAUGUUAACAUAUAUGUUUCAUUAAGAUGGAAUUAGAUAGUCUGCAUGAAUACCUGAUGAGACUUCAUCUAAAGAAAUACUUUUUAUAGUGGCUUGCAGCAU